CUCUCUCCCCUGCAUCUUUUGCAGGAGAGCCGGAGGUUAGUUUUAGAAUGUAUUUCAGCAGCAGGCAUCCAGCUAUCUCCCUGUGGAUCACAUUCCUUUUAAAAUGCGCCCUCUUGGUUUCUAUCAUUGAUUUGCAUCUUGCCAGUGCCAACACAGAUCCAGCCCCGUUUCUUAUAUACAGCCCUGACGUUGAAGGAUGCCUAGAAGCUCAGGACUCUGUGGUUCGUGUUUCCCGGCCGUGUAACACCAGCUCACCAGCACAACAAUGGGUUUGGGUUUCAAAGAGGCGGCUCUUCAAUCUUGGCAAUUUCCAAUGUCUACUGUCUGUUACCAACUAUUCAUUGAAUACGCUCUCUACCCACCAAUGUGAUGAGAACCUCUUCUUUAUAGGGAGAUGUGAGUUGUUUAUAGAGAAAUUCAAUGCUGCACUACUACCACAGACCUCUAAUGCCACGGGCUUACUUCAGCCACCCUCUAAACCUAAAAGCCAGUGGCUGAUAUUUGGAAGUAACCGAAGUAUCUGUUCUACUUCAUUUCGAGAUAUUUAUACUAUUCAGGGAAAUUCUAAUGGUCGCCCCUGUGCCAUCCCUUUUAAGUAUGAUAAUCAGUGGUUCUAUAGCUGCACCAGCACAGGACGGGAAGAUGGGCAUCUCUGGUGUGCAACCACUGUAGACUAUGGCAAAGAUGAAAAGUGGGGUUUUUGUCCUGUAAAAAGCCCUGACUGUGAAGCAUUUUGGGAUAAAGAUCCACUAACCGGCAGCUGCUACCAGUUUAAUUUCCAGUCGGCGCUAUCAUGGGCAGAAGCUUGGACCAGUUGCUUACAGCAAGAUGCCAAUCUUCUCAGCAUCAAUGAGAUACAUGAACAGACAUACAUUAAUGGCCUCCUGACUGGAUACAGCUCCACUCUCUGGAUAGGUCUCAAUGACAUUAACAUUAAUGGAGGCUGGCAGUGGUCUGAUGGAUCUCCAUUAAAGUUCUUAAACUGGGAGAGUGAUCAGCCGAGCAAUUCAGAAGAAGAAAACUGUGCAGUGAUACGUACUGAGAUGUCUGGCGCCUGGCAGACCCGUAACUGCUAUAAUGCUCUGCCCUAUGUAUGCAAGAAAAUCUCUAAAAGGAAUCUUCCUCCUGUAGAACCUGUUGAGCCGACUGUUGUAAAGUGUGACCCUGGAUGGUACAGUUAUGGCACCAACUGCUACCGUCUAACUAGUGAGAAAAAGAGCUGGCAAGAAGCGAAAAAGACAUGUGUGCGGAGUGAGGGCAACCUGGUCAGCAUCCACAGCCUACUGGAACUGGAAUUUGUCACCAAGCAGAUAAAACAAGAUGUUGAAGAGCUGUGGAUUGGACUGAAUGAUAUCAAGCACCAGAUGAAUUUUGAGUGGUCAGAUGGUAGUAUUGUCACUUUUACAUCAUGGCAUCCUUUUGAGCCCAACAACUUCAGGGAUAGCAUGGAGGACUGUGUGACCAUCUGGGGACCGGAGGGUAAAUGGAAUGACAGUCCAUGUAAUCAGACUCUGCCAUCUAUCUGCAAGAAGCCUGGACAAGCCACACAAGCGACCACUGAGGACCAGCAAGGUCCCUGCCAAAAGGGCUGGAGCUGGCAUAUUACAUCUUGUUAUUGGCUCAGUGAUGAGCAAUUGACAUACAAUGAAGCUAUUAAAUUUUGCUCCGACCGUGCAGCUAGACUGGUCAUUAUCCGGAACAGGUUUGAUCAGGCUUUUGUAAAUAGUCUUCUGUAUGAAUCUGAUGGCAAAUAUUACUGGACAGCACUGCAGGAUAUGAAUCGCACUGGGAUUUUUCGCUGGCAUGAUGGGGAAGAAGUGACCUACACUCACUGGAACAGAGAUGAGCCUGGAUACGAUAAAGGGGGAUGUGUUGCGUUGGCUACUGGAAGGUCCCUUGGUUUGUGGGAGGUAAAGGACUGUGAUUCCUUCAGAUCAAAAUACAUCUGUAUGCAGACUCUGCUUCCAAUGAUCCCUCUGAUACCUGCGGUUCGGCCCACGCCCAGUGUUAAUGGAAGUUGUCCUGAUGACUGGAGCUCUGCGCCUACACUAAGGCACUGCUAUAAGGUCUUUCAUUCAGAGAAUUUGCAGGAAAAAAAGACAUGGGGCGCAGCUCAACAAUCCUGCAGAGAAAUUGGGGCUCAGUUGCUUAGUAUUUCCAGUGUUGAAGAGGAGCAUUAUGUUGCCCAUUUACUAAACAAAAUCUUUGGUGAAUCAGAUUCUGAGGUCCAUGAACAACACUGGUUUUGGAUUGGCCUUAACAGAGGAAACCCCAGUGGUGACCAAAGUUGGAGCUGGAGUGAUGGACAGUCGUAUGUGUACCACAACUUUGACCGCAGCAACCAGGAUAAUGAUGACAUCAGGAGAUGUGCAGUGCUCGACCUUUCAUCCCUGCAAUGGGUGGCCCUCGAAUGUGAGUCUCAGACAGAUUGGAUUUGCAAGCUUCCCAAAGGAACCAGCAUUAAAGAGCCAGAUGUUCCAAAAGCAGGAAACACAGAGUGGAUCAAAUUUGAGAAUGCAGAGUAUAAAUUUUUCGAGCAUCGCUCCACAUGGCUGCAGGCUCAGCGGAUUUGCACGUGGUUUAGGGCUGAGUUGGCGUCUGUUCACAGUCUGGCAGAACUGGAUUUCCUAGGGCAAAAUCUACAAAAGUUUUCUCGCGGACAGGAGCAGCACUGGUGGAUUGGACUACACACUUAUGAAAAUGAUGCAAGAUUUAGAUGGUCUGAUAGGUCUGUGCUCAAUUUUGUAAACUGGGCUCAAGGUCGCCCGGGUCGCAUUACUAGAGAGAAGAAGUGUGUAUACACAAUGGCAAACCGUGAAUGGGGCGAUCAGAAAUGCAUCACUGCGCUGCCCUAUAUCUGUAAAAGGAUCAACGGAUCCACAACUACACCGCCCACCCUACCACCUCUACCAUCUCCCAAUGCUGGCGGAUGCCAUAAGGGUUGGUUGCCAUUCAUGAACAAGUGUUUUGGGAUACGAGCAGACAGUAAGGUUGAUAUCAAGACGUGGCAACAAGCUCGAGAUUCCUGCAAAAUCCUUUCAGCAGAAAUUGCCACAAUCGACAACUACUUGGAACAAGCUUUUAUUACAUCUAUUCUUCCAAAUAUUACCACUGACCUUUGGAUUGGUCUUCAUAAUGGUCGACAGAGGUUCCAGUGGGAGGAGGGCCAGCCACUGUCCUAUGUGAACUGGGCUCCAGGUGCCCCAUCCAGACAGAGUGCAUCUAAUGGGAAGAUGAUUAGCUGUGCUGCCGUAUGGCAUGGUUCUCCACCACAGUUCACCGGACGUUGGGAAGACAAACUCUGCCUGGAAAAAUUUGGCUACAUCUGUCAAAUAAACAAAGUGGCUGCCAUGAGCCCUCCCUCAGAGCCUUUUCCAUUUCCACCUGGCUCCACUCUGCGCUACAGAAACAACUCUUACCUGAUUCUUCAAAAACCUAUGACUUGGUCUGAAGCCCGUCUCCUGUGUGAAUCUCGUAAUGCCACCCUAGCCAGUAUUGUUGAUCCGUAUCAGCAGGCCUAUCUGACCUUGGCUGCCACUGGACAGAAGACGCCUCUAUGGAUUGGGCUUUCCAAUGAAGAUGGUAGUCGAACAUACUCAUGGCUCACAAAUGAUGGGUUGUCAUACACCAACUGGAGAGAUGGGGAUCCUCAGUACCUGAGUAGCUGUGUGUAUAUGGAUGAGCAGGGAACAUGGAGCCCAGCAGAUUGUGAUCACAAAUUGCCUGGGGCUGUCUGCAGUUAUAAUACUCCAUCAUCCAAACCUCACAAAUGGAGCUUGAAUACCUCUUGUCCUAAUGCAGUAGGUGCCUCUGAUUGGAUCCCAUUCCGUGACUACUGCUACUCCUUCCACAUGGAGGUUAGUGUUGGACAGAAGGAUGCAGCCAAGAGGUGCCAGAAAGUUGGUGGCGAGGUGCUGAGCAUUGUUGAUGAGACUGAAAACUUAUUCGUAUGGGAGCACCUGCAGACAUAUGAGAGUCAGGCAAAGGGAGCCUGGCUUGGCAUGUCCUUCAGCAUCAGAGAAAGUUCCCUUGUAUGGAAUGAUAACACUCCGGUAAAUUACUCCAACUGGGGGCAACAAGACUCAGGACCCAGCCUAUUGAGCCCGAACUCUUGCUACUGGAUUGAAGGCAGCAAUGGAGUGUGGAGUCUGGGCUCUUGCACCAACAUUAGUAAAGGAGUAAUUUGCAAACUGUCUAGAGUGGAAGAAACGAAACUGGACAGAUCUGUUCUCCCACAGCACAGCACGGCAGUGGCGGUUGUAGUGUUAUCCACCUUCGCAUUGUGUAUCUUAAUCGUAGUCAUCAUCUACCUGUACCGCCGCAGGAAGCUGGCCGCUCAACAAGGAGCUUUUGAGAGUGCUAGAUACAGCCGCACCAAUACCGGCCCAGAGGGAUCCAUCGAGAAAAACAUUCUGGUGUCAGAUAUGGAAAUGAAUGAACAACAAGAUUAGUGAAAAGGGGUUCCAGUUAACCGAAGAAAAAAAAUCACAGCAGGGGUUGAGUGGACCAAGACUUUUCAUUCUUGUGACCACCUUAUGAUGGAGGUGGCGUUUGAUAACACAGAGGGUGCAGGAUGCCUCUUUCUAAAAUUGAAUGUGUACACUGUCAGUGUUAUUUGGGGGCUGUCGUACAUUGCUGAGCAAUGUAUGGAGAGGUACUCCGACAUAAAGAAGCCAUAAUUGUGGGCAAUACCCCGUACCCUGAAAAUAGCCUCCCUAUACCACCCCACAUAAGAGAAAACAUGGGAAAUCUAGCAAUCUGGCUCAAGAUGCGUUCACUCUUAGAAGCAAAGACAAUGAAUAGAGGGUAUGGGGGGGGGGGGGGUUUGUCAGAUUGGCAGUGUACAUUUGUACUGUAAGCUUAUGACCAAAAUGGCUAUUUCAGAAAGACGUAUGUUUCCCUAUUAGCAUUUACGCUGUAAAUUCUGUGCAUUUCUUAUCCUUUGUUUACUCUUCCUGUGACCUUUAGUAAGUAGCUUAUUCUUUCUAGUAUCUUAGCCUUUUGUAAAAUACGGACCAAAAAUGUGCCUCUGCUUGACCGAAAGGUUUAUACUGCACUUUGUUGGCAAUUGUAUUAAAUUGCACAUAUAAGCUAAGAGUGAACGCACCUUGAUAAGACCUCAUGUCACAAACCACCAUAAAUAAUAUUAAAGCUGAGGUUUGGAAUAUGUAAGAUAUAUUCUCUCUGCUGUGGUGCCGUGGCAGGAGAGAGGACCUGCCCAAUAUCUUUAUCUCCCAUUAAUGUGCCAAUAUCUGGGCAUCUUCUGGAACAAAGGAGCAACAUAAUCCAGGACUCCCAUAUGCAAGAGCACUGUGUGCUAAACUGUGGGGAGGAGGGAGGCUUUAGACAUAAGAGGACUUUAUAUGUAUGCCCGUAUGUCCAGAGCUGGCAUAUAGGUAUGUGGCCAAUGACAAUAAACGUGAACGCAAUUACUUGUAA